AUGAAAGAGGGUGGUGAAGUGAAAUAUGUUGGUGGAUGCACGUACCACAUUGAAAUUUUCGAGAUACAAAAAGAUGUAUCUCUCAUGAAUUUGCCUUUGCCUGAGCCAUUUAUCAAUUUCGGGUGGCAGCCAUACGGGGAGAAGUUCUGUGUUCUUACUGGGAAUCAAGCGAAGGCAACUCCUCUUGUGUAUCGAAUUGAAGCUAACAGUCAUGCGCCCAAAUUAAUGAGCAAGCUUGAUGCUGGCGUCCAAUUUAAUGAGGUGUCUUGGGCUCCUGCUGGUGGUUGGCUGGCUGUCUUAGCUAAGCGCUCUACUGGUGGUAAUGUCAUGUUCGUUGAUACCACAUUGCAAGAAGCAAAGCGUACCAAUGUCGUAGAACAUCCAGGAUUUAAUAAGGGAUAUUGGGAUCCUACGGGCCGAUACUUUGUUACUUGCUCUACCCUCGGCGGUAGAAUGGGUGCUGAUCUAGGAUUCCGAUUGUACACUUUCCAGGGACGGGAGCUGUGUCGAAAAGGUUUGGAAAGGUUAUCUCAGUUCAAAUGGCGUCCCCGUCCACCUGUAAAGCUGAGCGAGCAGAAGCUGAAGGUCAGUGCUUUGUCUCAUUAUGUGCUAAUGAAAAUUUCUUUUUUGUGGACAAUGUAGAA